AUCAAUUUGACAUUCAUCCUCUUUUUCGUGUAGUUUUUUCGCUGUUGAUUAUGUUUAUUUUGUAAAGAAUUUGCAUUUAUUGAUCUUGUCUACGUAUUAAUAGUAAAUUUUGCAGGUUACGACGUCUACCAACCAUCUUUAGACAUCUAUAAUGGCAAACGAUAGAGAAGUCUUGCGAGAGAUAUGGGAUGGUAAACUACCUAUUUGUUUUCAAUUAGCUCAAGAAGAAAUAAUGGAAAUUCAACAGCCGGAUCCCUUCUAUGUAAUGGUACCAAGGCUGAGUUAUUUUCCACUGGUUACAGACAAGAUGAAAAGACACUUCCUUCGUUUUAUAUCUCAAGAAAAUGCUGAUAAUGAAAUGUGGUUGGACUAUAAUGGCCAGCCAUUAAAAUGGCACUACCCAAUUGGUUUUUUGUAUGAUCUCUACUGUGGUGUGGAUCCACAGUUGCCUUGGACUCUUACUGUGCACUUCACAAAAUUUCCUGAAGAUAUAUUGUUGCACUGCCCUAACAAGGAUGUAGUAGAGGCACACUAUAUGUCAACAGUUAAGGAGGCUGAUGUGUUAAAGCACCGUGGUCAAGUCAUGUCAACCAUGCAAAAGAAAGACCAUAAUCAACUAUGGCUUGGCUUACAGAAUGACAAAUUUGACCAAUUUUGGGCCAUAAAUAGAAGAUUGAUGGAGUCUCAUGGAGAUAAUGAAGGAUUCAAACAUAUUCCUAUAAGAAUUUAUUCUGAUGAUGGGUCCUGUUAUCAACGGCUUGUUUGUCCUAAGAAUCUAGAUGGCAGCAGAAAGGUUUUACAACAAAUGAUUUCAGAAUUAUAUCCUGAUAAAGUAAACUGUAAGUCCAUUUCCCAGAUAUUUAUUUUAGUAAUAUUAAAUGUUAUGGUAUUUAUAACAAAUUUUAAAAUAUUUCGUUUUUCAGUAAAACUAAGAACACAUGGAAUAACACUGCCUUUGGACACCCCACUGCAAUGGCUCUCAGAACAUAUGAGUUACCCUGAUAAUUUUCUUCACCUUUGUAUAUGUUGAAUGACUCAUGUUGUUUGUGGAAGCUUUCAUAAUGUUAAAUGUGCAGCUACAUCAAGUUUUUGUACACACCUAAAUGAACUACUAGAAGUAGUCGAGAUAAUCACUGAUGCUUAGCGAAAUGCAAUUAUUGUAUACAGGGUGGAAACGAUAAGUGAUCUCACUUGAUUAUUUCUAAACUAUACUAGAUAUCUAAAAGCUGGUUACUGUUCCUGAAAGUGCUUCACGAGCUCUAUCCAACAGUAC